AUGCAUGCGAAGCAGUUGCACGAGAUUUCGCUUUCCGAGUUUGUGAGGCCAACAUGCAAGCCGCGGCACGGUGAGCUCCAGAGCUUCCUCAGUCUGGACUCCAUUGGAGACAAAGUUGCCCUACGGGGUCGUCAUGAGGAUUUUCUGUUUGCUCCGUGCUCGCGCCAAACAAGAGCAGAUGUGCUGGUUAAAUUGCCGGCUCCAACGCAAUCCAUGAUGCAGGCUGUAACUGCUGUUCCAGCGAUGGCUACAAGCAUUAUCCAAGCGGCACUUCCGCGCAUUUGGACAGUGGUGCAGCCUUUUCUCGAUCCUUUCAGCGAUGAGAAAGAGGGCGAUAAAGAGACCGGGUGGUGCAAGUUCAUUCCACGGGUUCUCCGCGUGUUCUACUGGUCGGACGUCGUGACUGUUGCGACUGUGGCCCACAGCCUAUACUACGUGUGCGACGUGCCCUUAAGGACCUGGCUGAUAGGUGGACUUCUUUUGGGAUUUCCAGUGACUGACCUGGUGCACCGUGUGGUCAUGAAGGAUGAUCCCAGAACAAAAGUCGUCCGCUUCACCAUCAAGAAGAUCCGCGGAAGCGCAGACCCAGACAACUUCAAGUUGGACACAGUUGUACUCUACAACAGGUGCGGAGGCGCCAUUCAUCGCUCACUUGUGGAUGAACGUCACGAGGGAAACUACUGGUUUGUGGAAAUUCGCGAUGGCCCCGAGCUAGUCACGGCAUACCAGAUUGUAACCCACAGGAUUGAGGGUCCAGAGUGUGAUCCCAGCUCUUGGGUGGUCGAGGGCUCAGUGGAUGGAGUCACCUGGUACAUGAUGGACGAGUGCUCGAGCGAAUCCCUCCCACGGCAGCGAGAGACGGCCUCUCAACAGUUUGACGACCUGAUGCAUUUGCCAGAUGCACAGGCAGCAUUCCGCCAGGGCUUCCUCGCAGAAGUUGCUGCGUGCGCAGGUUCAUUUGCUUGGCUCAUUUUGGGAACGUCAUGGGUAAGUGCUGGUACAGAGGCAUGCGUGGAUUCUGCGCCGUAUCUCUGGUACUGGUGCUAUUUCCUGGUCGUCGUUCUCUGGUCCUUCCUAGGGACGGUCACCAUCGGCCUGAUCACAUGCGCAGUUGCCAUGAUCAUCGUGGGCGGGAAGACAUAG